AUGUAUGCUACUGGAAAAGUAGCUUUCAAAGAUAAGACAGUAUAUGCUUUAGUGCAGUGUACAAGAGAUUUAUCAGCCAAUGAUUGCAGUAAGUGUCUGCAAAGUGCUAUUGGAGAUAUACCAGGUUGUUGCUAUGCCUCCAUUGGUGCACGAGUUUGGAGUCGUAGCUGUUAUUUAAGAUAUGAGUUUUAUCCAUUUUAUCUCGGUGAAACAGAAUCCACAAGUUCUUCAACUAACCAAGGAGGGAAAAAUAAAUCAAGCAAAAUAUGGAUGAUUACUGCUAUUGCAGUUGGGGUAGUCUUGGUGAUAAUAAUUAUCAUUUUCUACUUAUGCUUUAUCAGAAAUUGGCAAAGAAAGAACGGACAAGGUAAUAUAUCUAAUGAUUUCCCUUUUAUUGAUAUUGGUUCUCUUUGCGUGGCUACCAAAAACUUCUCCGAUUCAAAUAAGCUCGGGCAAGGUGGAUUUGGUCCUGUUUACAAGGGUAUACUUAGUGAUGGCAUGGAAGUGGCAAUCAAGAGGCUCUCAACUUGUUCUGAGCAGGGUUCAGAAGAAUUCAUUAAUGAGGUUAUGUUGAUAUUGAAACUUCAACACAAAAAUCUUGUAAAGCUUCUAGGAUUUUGUGUCGAUGGAGAAGAGAAGCUUCUUGUUUAUGAAUAUUUGCCCAAUGGUAGCCUUGAUGUCGUCCUUUUUGAGAAAAGUGCACAUCUUGAUUGGACCAAACGAGUUGAUAUAAUAAAUGGAAUAGCAAGAGGCGUUCUCUAUCUUCAUGAAGAUUCUAGACUUCAAAUAAUACAUAGAGAUCUAAAAGCAAGUAACAUAUUGUUGGACUGUGACAUGAAUCCAAAGAUUUCUGUUACUCCAAAAGCACUUCUAGUCUACUAGCUUAUGUAUGUGUCCAUAAAUUUGUUUGUUCAUGAUAAAGCUCAAUGUUAAAGCUCAAUGUUUGUUCAUAAAUUUGUGUAAUUAAUGUGUACAUUUGUAGUAUAUGUUAUGAC